GUCUCUGUCUGGGGGAGGGUUCCGGGGACCGGACGUCGGGGUUCUUAGAAGGGGAGAUGCCGGGUUUUCACCAUAACUGGGGCGCACGCAGGAAGCCUGAGGGAGAAGGAGGAGGAAACUUAGCCACAUCAAGGGGCCGACGGAGGGGCGGGGAGGUGAAGAGGCGGGCGAGGAAGGGGCUGUGGUGUAGGUGUCCGACACUCGCUUUUCUGUCCCUUCCAAGAUCUGGCCACAGGCAUGAGGGGCCCCUGGCCGAGAUGAUAGUGUUGGCGCCAGCCUGGAGCCCAACCACCUCCCUGCUGCUACUGCUGCUGCUCAGCCCAGGCCUUCGGGGGACCCCCGACUGCUCCUUCCGGCACAGCCCCAUCUCGUCCACCUUCGCGGACACCAUCCGCAAGCUGUCUGACUACCUUCUGCAAGACUACCCGGUCACGGUGGCCUCCAACCUGCAGGACGACAAGCUCUGCGGGGCCUUCUGGCGCCUAGUCCUUGCCCAGCGCUGGAUGGGACGGCUCAAGACUGUGGCUGGGUCCCAGAUGCAAAACCUGCUGGAGGCCGUGAACACCGAGAUACACUUUGUCACCUUAUGUACCUUCCAGCCCCUCCCCAGCUGUCUUCGCUUCGUCCAGACCAACAUCUCCCACCUCCUGCAGGACACCUCCGAGCAGCUGCUGGCCCUGAAACCCUGGAUCACCCGUUGGAAUUUCUCCGGGUGCCUGGAGCUGCAGUGUCAGCCCGACUCCUCCACCCUGCUGCCCCCAAGGAUCCCUGGGGCUUUGGGGGCCACGGCCCCACCAGCCCCUCAGGCCCCUCUGCUGCUCCUCCUGCUGCUGCUGCUGCCGAUGGCCCUCCUGCUGCUGGUCACCACCUGGUGCCUGUGCUGGCGAAGGAGGAGGCAGGGGACACCCUACCUUGGGGAGCAGAGGGGGACACUGAGGCCCAGAGAGAGGAGUCAACCGCCAGAGGACAUAGAGCCGGGACUCGGAGGAAGUCAGCUAGAGACUGGUCCCUUCCUCGACAGCACUGCCCCUGUCACUCUCUCCCGAGGAUGGAGGCAACGCCAGCACCCAGCGCCGGCCCCAGCCCCACCUGCCCCCCUCUGUACAAAGCCCUUGUCCUCAGGAAACUGUAUAUAAAUCAGCCUUUUCUACCAGCUCUGGCCAGGCCUGUCUGUGGAUGGGAAAGGGUGUGGAUGGGGCAGUUUGGAUCAGAGUUUUUCAGUUAAUGCAGUGAAUGUUUCGUUCGAAAUCUGUUUUCUGAGACCUCACGGGGCCCAGGCCCGGUACCGGCCCCGGACGGGAGUCAGAACCAGCUCGGCCCCUUCUCGGGGCUCAAGACAUGGGACACAGCCUCGGUGAAUGAUGAUGGCGCCCUCGGACGGAGGUAGCGCUGUGCGGGUCCCCAAGGGGCACCUGAGCCAGUGCAGGCCACCACAUGCCCUACAGCCUGCUGUCGCUUGAGGGGGUCACGAUGCUUCUCGCUAACACCGCAGGCGGUUUGCGCGAGAAACACAGGCAACCCCUCAAACGUAUGGAGGCCGAAGCUGGACAGCCGCGCCCCACGUGAUCUCUCGCCCCGCACAAUCAUGGCCGCCGAAGGCCGCUGGGAACGGCUCCCGGAUUGGACAAUCAGGAGACGACCCGCCUUCUAAAGGGAGGGGCUC